UGGAAAUUGAUGAGAUGGUAAAACAUAAUAAAACGUAUGUGAGUCUUGGUAAGCUUGUCUAGUGAUGCCCUUAACGUCUAUUUAGGGACAUUUUGAGGUCUGUAUUCUCAGGCAACAAUUGUUCAGGUCAUGCCGGUAUUAGGAAAACUACCAGGAGCGUAUGCAAUACAUACGAGUAUCCCCGCAGUAGCAAUGAUAACUAGUUCACGUGGCUGCACGCCCGAGAAGCUCAUGCCGCAUGACUUUUCACUCCACGGCCGGUUAAGGGUAUGUUGAACUCUGAGACCGUGCAUCAACGUGUCUCUGACAUGAAAACCUGAUUAGUGACAGGUGGCCGUGCCUACUUCCUCCAUUGUGUCUUCCGCGACUGGCUAGUUACGGAAUUUAUCCAGAUCCUGCGUCAAGUCACAUCAGCCAUGAAAAAGGUUUAUUCCAAGCAUCUCGUCUGCGAUGUCGUGCUGCCAGCGACGGGAGCAACGUCGGUGCUGACCUCUAUGGACGUCGCCAUGAACGCGUUGUUAUCAGCUUUGGAGAGGACGGAGCCAGAAUUUAGGGUCGUCAAGGAGUGGAACGAUCCACGGAGGUACGAUUCGUCAAUUGAGGCUGAGCUGGCGUGAGCCGAGGAAGGGAAAUUUGAGAAGUUGAGUCAAAAUGCCCCAUGUUGACAUGCAAAGAGAUAUACUUAGUAGAAGUCUCAGUAUGACUUCUAUCAUACACGUAGAAAGAAAUAUGCCGUUUCUUGAUUCAUUGGCUGGGUAAGUGGAAGAGCAAUCGGGUCGCAGACUUCGCAAGUUGUUGGAAGGCGAACCACCAGGUUUGCCAUUUGUGCGGCUCAGCACACAGA